ACCAUGAACAUGCGCCCACGACAGAAUCUGCUCUGAAGCAAGACUUCUUUCGCCCCACACUCAUCGCCACAUCUCGCGCCCAUUGACGCAAACAUCAAACAACUUCCACCAAUACCUGAGGCAGUGCUGAAACGAUAUACUGCUUCCAGCGCGGGAAAUAAUGUCCAACGAGCCUUCGCCGCUCUCAGGCACGCCGGUGCAAAGAGCCAUCGGAUCGGCGACGGCCUCAAUUGAGCAUAGUCCGCACAGUCAACCAUCGGCCAGCGGCACCACUCUACUGCCCACUCGUUCGAUACCCAAUGCGCCGCUGGACGGACCAGCAGCUGUAGCGUCUUUCGUCCCCGCUUGGCGCAGACCUACAAACAAUAUCGACGGCGGGAGCGAGGCAGUACGACGACCCAGCGUGCAAUUCGUUCCUAGCAAGUCCACUUCAGGCUCGCGCUCCAGCAGUGCGAAUCCCCCUUCUGUCCGCCGAAGCACGGGAGCACAUGCGAGUCGUACUACUGCUCAACUGCCCGCAGGCAGACGACUGAGCAGUCCUCCGCCGCCAGCACAAUUCCGACCUUCUGUCAGUUUCGAUACCUUCUCCAACCCUGCCGCGAGCGACUUUAGCUUGACCCUCAAUCGCAAACACCGCGACUACGAGUACACCAAAAGAUCGCGAACGUUCCUCUGCGGGACAGAUACCAAUGACUACUCGGAUACUGCGCUGGAAUGGCUCAUUGACGAGCUGGUCGACGAUGGCGACGAAGUCGUCUGUCUACGCGUGGUGGAGAAGGACAGCAAAGAAGCGUCUACCUGGUCGCGUGGCCAGGGUAAGGCAGGCUACAGAAAAGAGGCAGAGCGGUUUCUAGAGGAAAUUGAAAAGAAGAAUACAGAUGACCGAGCGAUCAGUCUGGUUUUGGAAUUCAGCAUCGGGGGAGUGCAAGAUACUAUCCAGAAGAUGAUUCGCAUAUACGAACCAGCCAUGUUGGUGGUCGGCACACGAGGUAGAAGCUUGACCGGUUACCAAGGACUCCUCUCCAGCGGCAGUGUGUCGAAAUACUGUCUCCAAUACAGUCCCGUGCCCGUAAUUGUCGUCCGACCCAGUCGCAAGCGAGAAGCCAAGAAAAAGAAGCGAUUGGAAGAUCCCAGCCGACAAAGCUAUCGAGAUAUUCUCGACAAAUCCGACGACGCUCCCCCCGGCAGAGGCACACAUUUACUUGACGAGAAGAACCGACUCUCAAUUAUGGGUUCAGAACUCGGCGCUCUCGGCCGACUAGAUGUGCACGAUGACGAAGCACGACGAGUCGCCGAAGCCAUCGGCUACAGACCUGUCGCCAACAUCAGCGAACCUCACGAACCCACUGGCGGAAGCAGCUCACUCUCGCGCCUCUCUUCCACUCGAUCCGAAAAUUCUACUGCUGAUGACGUCCGAUCUCCGCCGACGCGAAUUAUGAAGUCUCCUUCACUCGGCAUCAUGGAAUCCCCCGUCAACAGCGAUGAAGAAGGCGAAUUCGACGACGAAGAAGAACUGACUCCCGCAGCGGAAGCUAUGCGCAUUGCACGGGAAACUGCCAUGCAGAUUCGGGAUGAAGUCAAAGAGGAUCAGGAGGAGAGGGCCAAGAGAGGUCGAAGCCGGAGUCGACCUGAUGAUGGAGAGGAGAGUAGUGGAGGGGGAGGAGCGGCGAUUUUGGAUAUUUUUGAGAAAUUGAAUAAGGGAUUGAAGAAUUGAAGAGAAAACAUGAGUACCUGGGAAGUAGGUAGUAGCGUAUACACAAUUGUCAAAGAAGAAGAAGAAGACUCGGGUAUUACAAU